GGUUUCGUGCAUAUUUUGUACAGUUAUUGAACAUUUAAAAAAAUAAAAAUAAUAUAUCCAUAAAAAUAAUAUAUCCAAUACAAUCUACUAAUCUAGGUCAAGUUGAGAUCCUUGUGAAUUUACCUUGUGGGUUUUGAUUCGAUGAUGCUGAAGUAGCUCAUCUUUGCUGCAACUACAGUAUCUGUUCGUGCGCUUAUUCGAAACGCAGCACGAUUCGCUGGGACAUGCGCCAAUCUGACCUUUGACAGCUAGCGAAUGACAAACGAAAGGUCAGCGUUUCUGACAGCAGCGGGGGCAUCGGAGAAUGAGAGACAGUGCAUCGAAAGCUGGUCGAUAGCAGCGGAGACUUCUGCACCGGGGGACGAAGCGGCGGCGGCAGCGGUUUGACGGCAGUGACCCUCGGCAGCGUUAAGACAGGCCCCGCGCGACAGGACGACUACAGCACCAUGGACAGCUCAGGCCCUCCAUCUCCAGAUAUGGACGGAAACUAUGGAGGGGGACUUCUGGAUAUGGUGAAAGGAGGUGCUGGAAAGUUCUUCAGCAACAUCAAGGACAACCUCAAAGACACCAUCAAAGACACCUCUACCAAGGUUAUGAACCAAGUGGCCACAUAUACAAAAGGAGAGUUGGACAUUGCCUACAUCACCUCACGCAUUAUCGUGAUGUCAUAUCCUGCUGAGGCGGUGGAGAUGGGCUACAGGAACCACACAGAGGAUAUCCGUUCAUUUUUGGACUCACGGCAUGCCGACCACUACACUGUUUUCAACCUGUCACAGAGGAACUACCGAGGGGCCAAGUUCUCCAACAGAGUUUCAGAAUGCAAUUGGCCUUCCAAGCAGGCCCCGAGUCUUCACAACCUAUUUGCCGUGUGUAAGAAUAUGUACAACUGGCUCAAGCAAAACCCCAAGAAUGUGUGUGUGAUCACCUGUUCGGAUGGCAGAGCUCCUUCGGGCGUGCUGGUCUGUGCCAUGUUCUGUUUCUGCCACCUUUUUGCCAACCCGGUGCCAGCCAUGCAUCUUCUCAGCGCCAAGAGGCCUGGAUCUGGCUUGUGGCCCUCCCAUAGGAGGUACAUAGGUUAUGUAUGCAGUUUAGUCUCAGAGAAGCCCACCGUACCCCACUCCAAACCGCUAGUCAUUAAAGCCGUCACAAUGAGUCCUGUUCCUUGCUUCAACAAACAACGCAGUGGCUGUCGGCCAUUUUGUGACGUACUUAUUGGUGAGACCAAGAUAUUUUCUACAGCUCAGGAGUAUGAGAAAAUGAGGGAACACAGGAUUCAAGAGGGCAAAGUGGUCUUUCCUGUAGGAGUGAGUGCCCAAGGAGAUGUGGUGAUUUCAGUCUAUCACAUGCGUUCCCAUGCACUUCAGGCCAAGGUAACAAACACCCAGAUAUUCCAGAUUCAGUUCCAUACUGGUUUCAUCGCCCCCGGCACAACAGUCUUAAAGUUUAUGAAGACAGAGCUGGAUGCCUGUGAUUCUCCAGAGAAAUACCCACAGCUGUUUCAUGUGCUGUUAGACAUUGAGGUUGAAAGCACAGAGAAACAGAAAGAUCUCACCCCACCGUGGGAGCAGUUUCCCACCAAAGACCUGAGCCCCAACGUGCUUUUCUCCUGUCAUCAGGAACACCAGGAUGCACUUGCUGUUGCAGAUCCUGCUCAGGGCCAUGGGAGUUGCGGAGGCAGAGUGGGUCCGAAUGAGGAGAGUGAACCCUCAGAUGAUGAGAUGCUCUCCCUUUCUAGCCAGCAGAGCAACACGAGCAAUGAAAAAUCAAAAGGGCCUAAGAAGCCGGAGCCCCAGUCUGCAGCGGCCCCUCCUCCAGCAGCUGAGGAAGUAGAUCUACUGGGGCUGGACGGUGAUGCAGCUAAGCUUCCUCCAUCCUCCCCACAACCUCCGACCACGAGUACCACCACAGACCUGCUGGGGGACCUGUUUGGAGCUCCGCCCACACCACAGCCGGCCAGCGGCCCCACCUCUGCUCAGUCCACCCCGCGAAGAUCCACAACUUCUUCGUCACCCUGUCCAUCACCUCGAUCUGGAGCUUUCGACCCAUUCGGGUCUGGGCCCGCACCCACACCCGCCUCUAAGCCGCAGGACUUCAUGGGGGCGUUCCUGGGUCCAGGUAAUAUAGGGCAGCCAGACCCCUUCCUGCAUGCUGCACGAUCUCCGUCUCCUACAAUGCAGAACAUGGGCAUGGGUCGCAGUUCACCUGUUCCACCCACUACUCCCUCUGUCAACAUCCAACAGCAGAGCUCUAGGGGAGCAUGGGAAUGGAACAAACCAGCUCCUGCAGGAGGUUUUGGGAUGGGAAGUAAGUCUGCCAGCACUAGUCCAACCAGCUCAGUUCAUGGGACUCCCACCCACCAGGCCAAACCCAGCACUCUGGACCCUUUUGCAGAUCUAGGUAACCUAGGAGCCGGACUGGGAGGAGGUGGUUCAGGAUUCUCCAGCAAGCCCACCACACCUACUGGUACUGGAGGAGCAUUUCCGCCCAUGGGCUCCCCCCAGCGUCCUGCUCCCUCUCCUCAGCACACUGCCUCUGGAGGCUGGCAUCCCAGCACAGGCUUCCCCUCAUGGCAGCCCGGAGGUGGGGCUCAAUGGCAGCCGCCGGCCCAGGGUGCACAACAUCAGACCCCACCUAAAGCACCAGGACCCUCUAUGCCCCACACUUCACCACAGAACAGACCCAACUACAAUGUCAGCUUCUCCACCAUGGGUGGAGCAUCGCCAGGAGCCACUGGAGCAAAAGCACAGCCUAACAUGGGAACCAGACCAAAGGUUUCGGCUGCUAACUUUGAUGACCUACUCUCAGGCCAGGGCUUUGCUGGCUCAAAGGAGAAGAAAGGGCCAAAAACCAUAGCAGAAAUGAGAAAAGAGGAGAUGGCAAAAGAAAUGGACCCAGAGAGACUCAAGAUUCUGGAGUGGAUUGAGGGGAAGGAGAGGAACAUCAGAGCGUUGCUGUCCACCAUGCACACGGUGCUUUGGGAGGGGGAGACGCGCUGGAAACCUGUAGGCAUGGCUGACCUUGUCACACCAGAGCAGGUGAAAAAGGUUUACCGCAAAGCUGUGCUGGUAGUACAUCCUGACAAGGCUACUGGACAACCCUACGAACAAUAUGCCAAGAUGAUUUUUAUGGAACUAAAUGAUGCCUGGUCAGAAUUUGAUAGCCAAGGACAGAAAGCACUGUACUAAGACUUACUGUAUAUGAUCAAAACCAGUCAGCAGUUCCUGCCCAGAUUAGACGCCCUGCAACCCAAAAGUCCUUGAAACGCUCCUUUGUUAUCUCUCCCGCCUCCAGGACCCUGCUUUAUAGAGACGUCAGAGCUUACAUCUACAGUAUAGUUGUGUGUAUCUCUCUAUCGAUCAUGCACUAGGCCAACAUAACUGCUGUAUGAGAAGACUGCUGGUGGAAAAAGUAGCAUUCAGCAUUGUUUUAAAAACUCUUAUUUGUGUCUUUCCCAGGACUCGCCUACAUAACAAAGUUUAUACUUUGUUGUUACACAGCUGUGAAAUAUGAACAUUAUCAGUCAACCAGGUCAUCAUAUAACGUUUGGUAAAAAUUUAUUCAGGAGCCUUCGGAUGAGUUUUUGAUUUAUUGAAGAGGUUUAGUGCUAAAGGAAUCAAAUAUGUCUAGACACUCUGCAAGACAAGCCACACGCUGUCACGGCUUGCAAAACUUUGUUAAACAACACAAAGUUUAUUCCAAGUCCUUCAUAGAGAGUUAUUUAAUAAAGUUUUGCAUGCUCCAGCAGUAUGCAGGACAAUUUCUUUUUCUUCCAUUGUACUGACUGUGUCCUACUGUACACACCUGCUCGCAGCUGCAUAUGUGUGCGAGGGGUGUUUAUUUAUUUGUUGGCUUUGCAAGACAACUAUGAAAUGUGUGAAAAUAAAAGUGAGUCUUGGUAAACUGAACUAAGACUCUGUGGUUUCCCAGACAGUCAGGGGCUAGAGGUAUGCACAAAUGAAAAAACACUCCCAACAAAAACCUGAAACCAUUGAAAAAUCUUGUGUGAUGUAACGUAACUUCUUUCAGGAGCUAAGAGACGCAGUGCUGGUGGGCAAAAGCACAAUAAAUACGAGAGAAAUUACAGGAAAUGGGAGGUUUUCCCAAACUUGAUCUGUGAAAUGCAGUAGAUUUAACUAGCAGUUUAUUCUUAUGUUGUUUUCUACUGAAUAUUGAUCUGUCUGUAUAUGUUGCACUAUAAUAACAUACUGUUUACAACAUAAAAGGUCCAAGGAAAUUGGUUAUUCAUGUAGUUAUUCCAUAGUAAAAAGAAACUAGUAGUUUUGCAGGUACCUCUAAGUACAUGGCUUGUUUCGAGCUAUACCUGUACAUUGAAAGUUGUCUUUACAUACAUAAUUUAUGUUAACCUGAUAUAUUUAAGUGGUUAAUAGUGCCCUAAAGAACAAGUCAUACUUCUUAGUACUUUUUUGAAGUACUAAACAGUCAGGACUACUAAAAUUCAUGCUUGAUAAUGAAACAAAGCCUUCUGACUGAGGAAUGUGAUUGAUGGAAAGUGUUCAAAUCACAUUCUUUUAUUACCAUAGGUGUCUUUUAAACCAACUGAACAUAUCAUGUGGACCAUUAAUAUUUUGACAUAUGAAAUCAUUAAGGCCAAUAAGCAACAUGAGUGGAUAAAUCUUUUAGCAUAUCUCAGUAUCCUCAUAAUGUACUGCAUGUUUGACUGUAAGUGGCACGUGAUCCAGAGGAAGUUUCUAGAGUGUACAGCCACUAAUCUGCCCUUUCUCUUCUCAGUAUAUUUGCACUUGAAUGGCAUUAGGUAAAUCCAGAACACACUUGUGUCGUAACUUGCAGUACUUGCUGUACAUUUCAUUCAUGCUUUGCCUUCCUCUUUUCGCGAUCAUGCGGUGAUAUACUGAAGCUUUACCUGUUAUCAAAGCAGUCUUCUCUUACAUUUUGCCAUCAGUAACCUUCCCCUUGACACAAUCUGGCACUAAAGAAAGACUUGAAUGCACACAAUGGACAAAGACAACAGAUUAGCAGGAAUCGAAUAAAGAUGGAACUUUUCCACCACCCUCUCGUGGACUGAGCCGUUUAUCUUCAAUCUUAGGAUAUAAUGUUUGAAAGCUAACCUCUGUAUACAGUAGUGAAUGUGUGGUGUUCAAUAAUGCUGUUCUCUGUAAGGAAGUGGUAUGGUUUGGAUACAGCUCUGUGUUUGUUUGCUGUAUCAGUAUUAUUGUGACAUGAAUUUGUUUUCUGUCUUUUUUUUCUGUUUCUGUUCUCCACAUGGAGCUGUACAUAUGUGCAUUGCACAAAUAAAUGGAAACAAAAUGGG